AUGUCUGCCACUGAUAACAACCCCGUGUCCCAGCUCGCUUUCGGCGACUUGUCCAAGUUGGGCGCUAUGCCCAUCCCAGGUGUCAUCCCACAGCAGUCCCAGUCGGACACCUUCUGGUCCUCCAACCCGGUCUUUGGCUAUGUCAACCGCGUGUACUCCGACAUUGCCACCCAUCGCAAGAACUUGAACUUGGAGAACCCAGGUACCGUUGAAAACUUAUCCAAGGAAGUCACCCGCGACGUUUUCGUCAACCAGUACUUCUUCACCGGCUUGAGAGCCGAUUUGAACAAGGUCUUUAACAUGAACCCAGCCUUCCAGACCUCCCACACUUUAUCCAUUGGCUCCCAGUCUUUGCCACCGUACGCAUUUACCGCGUUCUACGCCAACGACCAGCUCUUUGCGCAGGGUAACGUCGACAACGACCUCUCCUUGUCCGGCAGAUUCAACUAUGGCUGGGACAAGAACAACAUCUCCAAGGUCACCUUACAGCUUGCCAACGGCCAGCCAGCGAUGGUCCAGUUGGAACAGGACUUCCAGUCCGAUGACUUUUCCAUCAACGUAAAGACCUUGAACCCAUCCUUGUUCAACGGCUUUUCCGGUGUCGCUGUCGGUUCUUUGUUGCAGUCUAUCACCCCUAGAUUGGCCGUUGGUCUUGAAACCAUCUACCAGCAGCAGCCAGGUGCCCCAGGUGAGGCGGCCAUCUCUUACUUUGGUCGCUACAACGCCGGCAACUGGAUCGCCACCGCCCAGUUCCAGGGCCAGGGUGCAUUGAACACCACUUUCUGGAGAAAGGUCUCCCUGAACGUCGAGGCUGGUUUGGAAUCCAACUUGGCCAUCUCCUAUAAGCCAAUCAUGGACUCUGUCAUGGGCCAGCCAAUUGGCAUCGAGCCGGUCUUUGAAGGCUCUACCACCAUCGGUGCCAAGUACGAGUACAGACAGUCUGUUUUCAGAGGCCAGGUUGACACUGCCGGUAAGGUUUCUUGUUUCUUGGAGAGAAAGUUGUUGCCAACUUUGUCCAUCUUGUUUUCUGGUGAGAUUGACCAGAUCAAGAGCACCUCCAGACUCGGUCUCGGUAUCCAGGUCGAGAGUGCCGGUAACGAGCAACUCAUGUUGAUGCAACAGGGUUUGGUUGAUGCCAACGGUAACCCAGUCCCAGGAGCCCCAGAAUUAUAAGUUACGCUUCUUAUGUGGCCGUCCUAGGGUAUCCGUGCCAUCCACUGUGUACCCCAAGCAUGCUUGUCCUUUCCUAAGAACGUAACGCUACGUUUCCUUCACGAUAAACUUUUUUUCCGCCUGGCAGCGCCUACAGCCCC